GCGCGCUGGAGACACAUUAGAGAUGCUCAGGAAAGCCGUAUCGAUGUGCAAAAUGGCGCAGACGCUGUCGACCCCUCCGGCCGCCCAUUGUUCUCGCUGAGGGACCGCCGAAUGGCUGUCGGGCCGGGACGCGUGCUGCCGCUACCGCUCCUGCUCCUUCUGCUAGUACCUGACACAGGCCACUCUGCGGAGCUGGCCUUCUUCAUUGAGCCAAGCGAUGUCAUUGCAGUUCAGGAGCAGCCCCUCAUGUUGACUUGUCAGGUGGAUGGCAGCCAGCCAAUCACAACAACAUGGAGGCGGAACGGUACACUUCUACUGGACAGCGAGAACAACUUUAUGCUUCCCAAUGGAUCUUUGGUUAUUGUCAAAUUUCAGAAGACAAAGUCUGAUGGUUCAUCCGAUGAAGGGGACUAUGAAUGUGUGGCUCAGAACCAUUUUGGGUUAUUGGUCAGUCGGAAGGCUAAAGUUUUGGCAGCAACAAUGGGUGAUUUCCAAGUUCAUCCUCAGUCUAUUCUUGUUGAAGAAGGUGAUGCUGGUCGAUUCCAGUGUCAGAUACAUGGCCUGCCAGAACCAGUGAUCAGCUGGGAGAAGAACGGGGCUCCAGUGAAUCCAGCUGACAAGAGGUAUACACUUCUGCCUACCGGAGUCCUGCAGAUUUCUGGGAUUCGUGUUGAAGACAGUGGGGUAUUCCGCUGUGUGGCAAGGAAUAUUGCAAAUGUCAAGCGCAGCUUGGAGGCUAGCCUCACAGUGUCUGGCUCCCAUUCAGCGGUUUACAAAGAACCCACAAUUUUGGUGGGCCCAGAGAACCUGACUCUAACUGUCCAUCAGACAGCAAUUUUGGAGUGUGUGGCGACAGGUUAUCCACAGCCCAUUGUUUCCUGGAGCCGACUUGAUGGUCGUCCUAUUGGAGUGGAAGGUAUCCAGGUGCUUGGUUCAGGCAACUUGAUGAUAUCUGACCUCUCAGUGCAGCACUCUGGGGUCUACGUGUGUGCUGCCAACAAGCCUGGGACUCGUGUACGAAGGACUGCUCAGGGACAUCUUGUGGUACAAGCCCCUGCAGCGUUUGUGCAAUCACCUCAGUCCAUCUCGCGGCCACUGGGCACAACAGCUUUGUUUACCUGCUUGGCUCAGGGUGAACCUCUUCCACAAAUCACCUGGCUGAAAAAUGGACAGGUGCUGCAGCCCAGUAGUCAUGUGAAGCUGAAGAACAAUAAUAGCACCCUUGUGAUCUAUGGGAUUAGCCAAGAGGAUGAAGCAAUCUACCAGUGCAUCGCAGAAAACAGUGCUGGCUCUACUCAGGCUAGUGCCCACCUCACUGUGCUGCUCUCUGAUGGGCUCCCAGGGCCCCCUCAGGAUGUGAGAGCUGUGGCAGUUUCAGCCACUACCAUUCAGGUGUCCUGGAACGAGCCCUUGCACAACACACAGGACAUCAUCGGUUAUGUGCUGCACAUCCGGCGGACAACAGAUCCCUUUGAAAUGGAGUAUCAGGAAGCUGUUGGCAAAGGCACAUUGCAGCAGUUAGUGGGUGAUCUUGAGCCGUCAUCCAGCUACUCAUUUUAUGUGAAGGCAUAUUCCUCUCGAGGGGCUAGCAAGCCUUCCGAUUUGGCAGUGGCAAAGACGCUGGGAGAAGUUCCUGCGUCUCCUUCACUCUUUAUUAAAGUUUUAAACAGCACAUCCAUUCAGGCCAUGUGGGAAGCCUCUUCCAGAUUAGGGACGCACAGCGGAUUUAAACUGUACUACCGCAAGCUGCACGCGUCACGUUUCAUCGGUCCACUACUGGUGCCCAGCAAUGUUACAAAUUUAAACCUCACUCAGCUUGAUAGAUUUGGUGUCUAUGAAGUGAAGCUUCUUGCCUACAACCAGUAUGGAGAUGGGAACUCUACAGUCCGUUUUGUCUCACUGCGAGAGACAGGCAGCCAUGCAGUGCUGAAUUCCCCAUGUGAGUGUGGCAAGGAUGAGCAGGACAGAACCACCACACCUGGCAUUGUGAUAGGAAUUCACAUUGGCGUGACAUGCAUUGUCUUCUGUGUCAUCUUUAUUAUGUUUGGCUACAGAGGCAGACUGGUUAUGUGCUCACAUGCACCCAACCACAUGCCAGCAAACACUGCAUCACAAAAUCACAGUCCAGUGCACACUGGAGUGGCAGUCAGCAAUAGGAUGCUGGGAGAAUGCAAUGAUUCCAGUAGCCCUGAGAAGUCCUCCAAAAAUAAGGAACUGCAAAGAUUAUUCUCAGAAGCUGCAGUGCAGGGGGCGUUGGGUAAUGGUUGCCAGGUGCUGUCUUCCCUUGAUAUCCCGCAGGUGUCCACACUCCCUAUGGAGGAGCUUACCAUUUCAGAAGAGGCACGGUGCAGCCAGACAGUUCCUGCACCCAAAGAUGGGUGAUCAGUCUGGUGCUCUCGGAUUCUGUCCGUUCUCAGGUCCUUGUCGUUUCGACAACCUCUCUUCAAGGUGGAUGUCAAGUGUCUCAGGAUUCAAAACUACCUCAGCCGGCGUGAAUGUCUUCCUCUCCAGUGUGAAGCACUUCCACUCCUGGACGGCAAUCCUGUGUCUACCUCGUUCAGGCAGCGCAUAUCCUGGACAAAUUCUUUCUAAUUCCAUUGUAGUCGUGUGUUUUCUAGAGGAGCGUUGCACUGUUACUGAAGAUGCUGAUACGGCGUCUUGUGAUCAUCUUCUGCUAGACUGUGCACCCUUGUGAACUUCAGUAGUAGUUCUUUUAUCUGUGGAAAUGGAGUGACCUCCAGCCUGUGGUCUGUGUGUGUGCGUGUCUCCCCCUUUCUCAAGUGACAUUAGAAAGUGUUUACAUGUGCCACUCUGGGUCAGGUCAAGCUGUGCCGGUUUCUCAUUUGAUACUGGCAGGGUAAAGCAGUUCCUCAGUAAUGCUCUUUGGAAAGCCGCCAAAGCGGCCCCUGUGCCGGCUGGCCGGCUCUGCUCCUCCAGCUGUUUUAGGGUGCAACAGGGUCCAUUUUGAUUGUCAGCCCAGGUAUAUAUAUAUAUAUAUAUGUGUAUAUAUAUUUUUCUUUUUUUUUUCUAAAUAAAUCUGCUUCCUCGUGGUGCUGAAAAUGUCAAUUAGUGGGAGAGGAGCAGAAAGCAUUGUCCCCUGCCCCGGCCCACUUUAUUAUAGCAUCUCCUUGCUGCUCCUCCUUACCCAUGUGCUUUUUGAAUUCUCUUGUGCCAUUAGUGAUGCAAAAUAAACUUUGUCUAGUUAGAGACUGCA